AUGAUUGCGAUAAGUGGGGGCCAUGGACCGAUAUUCACUUUCAGAAAAGGCAUCGGAGUAUACAGGAGCGGAGACGAGGCGUCGGGAGAAGACGAAUCGUCGACUGAGGAAGGAGACCACACGUACGAGUCCCUCUACGACGUGAUCGGCUCUUCAAAUCGGCUUGAUCGUGUGAGUCAACCAGGUGUCGACAAUGACGUCGUUGUCGACGGCGAAGACGUCAGUUUCGACGACGAACUUUUCGAUGAUUCUUUUGACUCCGCGUCCGACGACGAAAAUGCGAAAGGCGGCACGCUGACGGUAUGUGCGUCCCGACGCGAUCUAUGCAUUAUUUUUCUGGGUUCCUUCUCUUCUGGUUCUCUGCUCGCAUGCCGGGGUUGCAUGUUGUCGACGCUGGUGCCUGUCGUUCCUGCUGCUUCUUGUUGGUUUAGUAGCGCCUUCCUGGCUACGAUAAGAAAUGAAAGAAUUGCGUCUCAUGUUCAAGUUAUUUUUAUGGAGUUUGGAAAUAAUCUGUACUACGUAAACCGGAAGGCACGAUUAUUCCGGCAGCUCAUUGCCUUUCACGAAAAUUUACACUCGCCAUCUGCGCAUGAAACAAUCGCCAAUCUUCCGGAGCGUGUGCAGAUUUUCGAUCGCUCCGCUGCUUCGGUAGUCUUCCGAAAUACCAAUCGGCGGAUUACGAAGAAAGUUCAUAGAUGUGGUGAUCUCGAUUUCAACUUACGGUACGGGCCUUUUUUCCUGGGUGGUCGUGACUUCACUGUAACUGCUGGUCGGGUUAAGAGUAAUCGGUUGGCUCGACCUAGAAACGAUUUUUACUAUUUGCCUGCAUUGCGCUGA